UGAGAAAGGACCCAUGUUAGAAUCAAUGGAAGCACCAGUGUGGCUACUGUGACAACAUGAAACAACCCACAUAGUUAUUUGGUACUAUCUGAUGAGAGCCAGUGCCGUUUGGUUUUAGAGGGUCUAAACAGUAUUUCCACACUUAACAGGAGGAUGAUAAGCGAAACGUUUAGAGAGUGGAGAGAGCUGGAGAGUGUAAAUAUCACAUGGAUACAGGGAUUCAACAUGGCAUUUAAAAAUACCAUGACGAGGUUUUGACCAUUGGUACACACAUUACUGUGAGAGUUUACAAUAAGUCUUAACAUAGUGUCACCUAUAAAAUCAUAAAAGACAGAAUUCAUGCAGAGGUUGUCUCCCAACAUGCUUAACAUGACUUGGCACUAGGGAUGCAACUAAAGAUUAUUUUAAUUAAUCUGCCUUUUAUUUUCACAAUUAGUUAUUUAGUCCGUGAAAUGUUUUUAAAAAGGUGAAAAAUGCUUCCUUUGGCAAACCAACAGUCCAAAAAUCAAAGAAUUUUCAUCAGAAAUGACAAAGAUAGACAACAAAUCCUCCUUUAAGAAGCUGGAACCCGUAAAUAAACAGUGGAAAUGAUGUCCAGUUUUCUGUACCUCUAGCUUCUCAGGACCGUAAAUACAGGAUGAUAACCUCUUACUAUUAUACACAAAGUAUAUUCUAUUAAAAACACUAACUGCCUACUACUGCACCCACCAUUUUGCACUGUCAAGAAUCUUUUGUCAAGCUUUUUUAAAGUGAUUCAUCUCUUUAAAAUCUCUUAACACAUUCACUUUUUUAAAACAAGAAGAAAUCUUUCAUCAGUCUUUAGCAGAAUUUACUCCUUGUUUCAUUGCCAUGUGUGCUAUUUAUUCAUAGGUGAUUUUCUCACAUGUAUCACUGUUCAAUUAAAUUCAACGUGCAAUAGCUGAUCAUUCAAAAUGCUGCUUGCACUUGUUCCACUGUUCAAAUAAAUAUAAACGGAGGUAGAAUUUGUCUCAUCUCUUGUCUAAUUCUUUUUUAUUUCAAGUGUAGCCACAACAACACUCCUGAAAUAUCUAUCGCCUGAAUGUGUAAUCUAUUAUGAUCCUUACUCAUGUAACACUACUACAAGGAUCAGUACCUACAUACUUAGUCCCUGAAACAGAUCUGUGGAAUAAUUAAUCCAUCCACUAAUCAUAACCUGUGGGACUCCAGUGUAAAUAGUCUUUUUCUUUUCUCUGCUGUGUACAGCUGCAGGUACUUGUUUCCUGUGUAUUUAUUCUUUUUGAAUGCACAUACUUCCCCUUUCCUUGUAUGCUUUGCACCCUCUUUAUCCUGUUUGCUGCUGUAAUACUGCAAUUUCCCAAUUAUGGGACUAAUAAAGGAUUAUCUUAUCUUAUCUUAUCUACCUGUAAAAUGAAAGAAAGUUUAAUCAUUACAGAGAAAGGAAUCACUUUUAUGCUAUGCCUGUAACAUGAUACUAUUCUGUAAACAAAGGGUGCUUAUUAAUUCUUCCUGGCAGACAAUACGAUUAUCCUUUCUGUGGGUUUGUAAAUAGUUGUGAUGUUCAUAUAAAACAGUCCUGGUUACACUUAACAUCGACACACAGUGAUGGAUUGGUUUGCAUUGUACUUCCUUCUCCUGCUCGGGCUGCCACACUAUGAUGCACAAACAACAGCUCAGAACACCACAACAACAGCUCAAACAACAGCCGAGAAUACCACACUAACAGCUCAAACAACAGCCGAGAAUACCACACCAACAGGCUGUGCGGGUCCCCCUGUGCUGUGUUGCCUUGGUUUAAACUCCAGCUGUAAUAGGAUGUGUUUCUGUGAUGAGGCUUGCCUUUCAUUCAGAGACUGCUGUCCUGACUACAUAUCAACCUGCAACCCACAAUUUUCUACCACUUCACCACCAGGAACAUCCACCACCACAAGCAGCAAUGCUACAUCUACACUGGCAAAUAAUGUCACAACUUCAACAUCCGCAGGAUCAACAACAGUUGUACCCAGUACAGAAUCUGCAACAAAUAGCCAAAAAAGUAGCAGUACUACAUCUACAUCAUUAGAGGGGCUCACAAUUUCAGCACCUACCGCUCCAGUUGGAACAACACUGACAGACACAAGCACAACUCUGGACAAUGGUAGUGUCACGUCUUCACCAGCAGAUGGAAGCAAAUCCACAGUUUCCAGCAGAAACACAGAUUCUGGAACCACUACCAGCUCAGAUAGUGAUGCCCAAACAGUGACUCUUCACCUCAAAGCUUCUGUUUUACUCAAUAAUGUGGAAAGCGAGGAUGUGGUGUUAGAAGCUGUAUCAAAUUUUAUAUUGCAGACUCUUCUCAAGCAGAUCUGUGAGGGCUGCACUUCGACUAUCAGACGCAUCACGCUCACCUGAGAAAGGACCCAUGUUAGAAUCAAUGGAAGCACCAGUGUGGCUACUGUGACAACAGGCUGCCCGACUCUCAAAAACAACAGAACAACCCGUUUAGACUGAGCGGACUAUUAAAGAUCAGCAUUUACUUAAAGUUUUAAGUCAUGAAACGAAAACCCACAUAUUUAUUCAGUAUUAUCUGAUGAGAGUCAGUGAAGUGGGGGUUGGAAGACAUAUGCUAUUUUUCCAAAAAGGGUAUAAUAAUAU